AUGGCCUUUGUCUACGAGCAGGAACGGAAGAUAUGUAAUCCUAAGCUUCAUAACCGAAGCUAUGAAGCAGUUGGACCCGGCUAUGUUGAUCCUGACCAGUUUCUCGGGUUCAACGGAACCCAGAUCAAUGAGCAGUUGCGCAGAAUCAAAGGUGGAAACGCUGCUGCAGGCACAGCUCAGUUCAAGUCCAAAGUCGGUAGGCAAGACUUCACGUCUCAGGGCGUCAUGGAGAAUGGCAAAGUGGGGCCUGGCUCAUACGAAAGCAACCCUCUGGCAAAGCCAGUUGUGCCUUUGAAGAACUCUGAGCACUACUACUUGCUUGAAGACGAAAAGCUGAAGAAGCGAUGUCAGCCAUUUGGCAAAGGAGCCAGGAGGGCUGAAGUAUUUAGGAUAGAUUCUGGGCCAGCUCCUGGAAGUUACGAAUCAGACACCCCUGGAGUCAAGGGAGUGAAGAUAAACAAGAAUAGUGAAUUCUACAGGAAGAUAGUUAAAACAGAAAUUGGACCUGGAAGCUAUGAUCCAGAGCAAUCUCACACUGGUAAAAGGAAUGAUUUAUCAAUCUUAAAAUGGAAGACUUAUGAAAAUAGAAACAAUUCUAUAUUAAAAGACAUUGAAGUCCUGGAAAGCAAGGUUGAGAAAGAAACUAGAGAUGAUGAUGACUUACAGUCACAAUUUUCACAUAAAACAAAAGAAUCCAAAGCGACUUUAAAUAGUCAACCUUUGAAUAAAUCAGAUGCUGCGAAGACAGAAUCUUACUAUACCCAUGGUGCUGGUUGGAAGAAGAUGAUACCUAGGGAUAAUGCCAAGCUGGGGCCUGGUGCAUAUGAUCUAAACAAAAGUAUAAAGAGAAAAUAUCAAGGGAUCACCUUCCCAAAGGCAAGAAGAACUAGAGAUAAUUCUGUUGAUAGGAUUCUACAUAAAAGAACUCCAAUGAAGAGGCCGACUAUUUGAGCAAAUUUUGACGACUCUUAUGAAAGCAGUGAUGAUGAACGUACCACUGAAGUCACUAGAGUAGAUAAUAGCAUCUAUAUUUAUGAUAAAAAGAAUCCUAAAUUUAAUGACCUGGAUACUUAUGCAGAUGGACAAUGGGAUUUCUCACAGAAAUUUAGAAAUUCUCCAGAUUAUUCCUCAGCCUCUAAGAAAUUUCACUAUAUGAAGCAGAAAUCUGAAACUCUGAGUAAUGCUGGGAAAACACAGAGGAUUAGGAAACCACUCCCAAAGAAGCUGAUAAACAGGAUAGAGAAUUACUCAGUAGUCCACAAAGAAUACUCUCCUAGUUUUGAGCAAAGAGUUAAAAUGAGGCAGAGACAAAGCUUAUCUCAACUUAGAGCUAACUCUUUUGACAGCACAAAGACCAAGGAAAAGACUAAGUCUUCGAGGAAGAGCGAGAUUAAGGUUAAAACUAUCCAUAAGAAAAAUAGUAAAUCAGUCAUGCAAAACCCAAUGAUCAAGAAUCGUCUUCAGCAACAAUUAGAGGGUUCAACUCAUCCAGCUCCUGGAGAAUAUGAAAUUAAAGGACAAUUCGAGAAUAUUGUUGAGAAAGCUCAUCAAAAUAAACUUAAAGCCAGAGAAGCUAAAGCUAUGAGCUUGUUAGAUAAACCCAGAGUUGACCCAUUGUCACUACUUUUAGAUAAAGAGAUGAACAAAGGGUCUCCUGGUCCUGGUCAAUAUGAAAUUUCAAGCACUUUUAAAGCCCCUAAAAUGCAAAAGUCUCAAGAAAGCAAAGUGUCAAAAGUCGUGCUCAAUAAGAGUAAGAUAAAUAACAAUGCCAACAAAAUUACUGAUGAGUCUUCUGGAGAUUAUACAGAUAGUGAAGAAGAUGGAUCAGAAAGUGAAGAAAGAUACCCGCUUACUUAUCAAUUCAGACAUAUGAAACCAGCUCCUCCUUUUAAGAGCAGUGAUAAAAGAUUUAAAAUGAAUCAAUCUGUUGAAGAACAACCUGGUCCAGGUACUUAUCAUGACACUAUUCGAGGAAUGGAUGCUAAAACUUGGAAAGUUCUUAAUUCUGAAAACCUCAGAAAUAACGUCGAUGUUGUCGUUAGCCACAAAAAGCUCUUAGAAGCAGGUUUUGUUAAAGUUGGCUUUAACAAGAAACAGAAACUUGAAAAACCGAUCUAUAAUAACAGUGAAGCCUCUAGAUUUACCAACAAGCAGAUUCGUGAAAGGGUAGGACCUGGGAAGUAUGGAGAUUUGAGUCAUAAUUGGAUCAAAAAAUCAUAUAACUACAAAUUUUCAUAG